AUGAUAAAACGGACUGAGAGGGAAGAAGAUGACUCUGUUAGAUACGUCACUCUUUCUUGUGCCCGUGGUGGGAAGGCACGGAAUAGGACGCUGAAUGUCGCAAACCCACGUCCGACAGGAAAGACGGAAUGUAAGGCAAAGAUUAAUGCCUUAAGGCAAGAUGGAGUGCUUCGGUUGACAACAGUACAUAAUAUCCAUAACCAUGGCCUAAGUCCAAAGAAAUCUCGCUUCUUCCAAUGUAAUAGAGAAGUUAGUGAUGCCGUAAAAAGGGUUCUAGAUACAAAUGACUUGGCUGGCAUCCGAGCCAAUAAGAGUUAUGGAUCUCUCGUUGUUGGUGCGGGUGGAUUUGAGAAUCUCCCAUUCUUGAAAAAGGAUUGUCGUAAUUAUAUUGAUAAGGCAAGACAUCUGCGACUUGGCGCGGGUGGUGCUGGAGCGCUCCAACAGUAUUUUUUACGGAUGCAAUACAAAAAUCCUGGGUUUUUUUACAUGAUAGAUAUAGAUGAUGAUGGGAGGUUAAAGAACGUCUUCUGGGCAACCCCCGCAGUAGACUGGCAUACCAGAGCAGGCUUGAUUUCUAGUGAGGAUACAGAGACAUUUGUCUGGUUAUUCAAGACAUGGUUGCAAUGCAUGGAUGGUAAUGCUCCAAAAGCUAUUAUCACUGAUCAAGAUAGAGCGAUGAAAAAUGCUAUCGCAAUUGUCUUCCCAAAUACCCGGCAUAGAUUUUGUCUUUGGCAUAUACUGAAGAAAGUUCCUGAGAAGCUUGGCUCAUAUGGUUCGUACAAAACUGGGAUGAAGAGUGCAUUGAUGAAAUGUGUAUAUGACUCCCAAUGUGUUGAUGAGUUUGAGAAAUGUUGGGAUCAGUUGCUUACCACUUACAACUUGGGAGAUAAUGCGUGGUUGCAGAGCCUAUACGUUGAGCUUGAGCAUUGGGUACCGGCAUUUUUGAAAAACUGUUUUUGGGCUGGAAUGAGUACAACAUCUCCGAUUGAGAAGAGGUUCCAAGAGUUGUACACGAUAGCUAAGUUCAAAGAAGUUCAACAUCAAGUCAACGGGAUCAUUGACUUGAAUCCAAAGUUACAUAAUUCUGUUGGGUCAAUAAAGACAUAUAUGGUUGAGGAUGAAAUCUGUCUGGAAGAGUUCACUAAGUUCGUUAAACAUUUUGUGGACUUUAGUGAGGAAGACGCAGUGGCAAAGUGCUCAUGUGGAUUAUUUGAGAUGAGGGGGAUACUGUGUCGUCACAUUUUGGCCGUAUUCAGGUGUAAUGAUAUUAAAUUUUUGCCUGAAAUGUAUAUUUUAGAUCGAUGGAGGAAGGAUAUUAGAAGGCGAUACACAUUAAUCCACAGUAGCUUCGAUGCAGGGGAACAGCACGCAGAUUCGAAUAGAUAUACCUGUCUCUUAAAUAUCUGUUAUCAGAUGAUUACUUAUGCAUCAGACUCGAGAGAGAAUACUGAGGAUGCGAGAAAUAAGUUAAAUGCAAUGAUUGAGUUGUAUCGUUCUAAUCAAGAAGGCCCAUCGAUGACUCAAAUUGGUUCUAAUGUUGAUUGUACGGCGAAUGACACUAUAGUCGGUGCUUCUGGGGAAGUACGUAGUCCACGUGUUGUACGAGGCAAAGGCAGACCUCCAUCUUUAAAGAGAGCAUCUAGGAUGGAGAUAGACAUGCGGAAAGCUAAAGUAAAGACGAAGAAAGCACCAGCAAAGGGGAAGCGUAAAGAGCGGGAUGGAGGAGAUACCCAGGUCGUGGAUAAAGGAGAUACACCUGUGACGGAAGUAUACAGAAAUUUAUUUGGCCCUUCUGAGAUGGUAGUCUCUAAUGUUGGACACAUGCAGGCUAUUCCCGAAAGAGAAAGCGUGGCGAUACACAUUACUGGACCCCAGUCUCGAGAAAUUCCAAUUCAGAGUCAAGAAAGCAUGGAAAUUGGGUUGGAAAAAUCACAAUUGGUGCAAUUUGGGUUGGAUGGAUUACAACCUUUGCAAUGA